AUGACAGGUAAAAUGGAAAUAGAUCCCAGUAUUGAUUCUAGUAGUGAUAUUGCUACUACUGCUACUACAAACACGAACAUAACUGCUGAAGAUACUUCAUCUUUGGUACCCAAGAAAACUACAACUGGCACAACACAAAAUGAUGGCAUCAACGGAGAUCUAAAUAGCGGGAAGGGUGUUGAUAACAAAAUGGCCAACAUUGUGACGGAUGGGGAAGACAGACAAACAUCCUCUGACACCGAAAUUAUACCCAUACAAGAAAGUUUAACUAAAACCGUAAGUACAAUUGUAAACAGUGAUACAGAGGCAAAUAACACGCCAAUAGAAAAUACAGAGCCAAUAAAUAAUGAGUACUCUUCUGCCACUAAAGAAUAUUCGGGAUUUUUUGAAAAGUUACCCUUAAAGACCCACUUAACCUUUAAUUCCUAUGUUUUAUUGAACAAUCUAUCCUCUCAAAUUCUUGGGGUUUUCUUAAAUAAUAACCCUGAAACAGUCUUAGAUUUAUUAUUUUCAGACGUUAACGACCAGACAAACGUGAAUCACACAAACGUGAAAACAUUUGAUAUACUAUUAAAUAUCUUCCAGUCUGUAUUAAAAAUAUAUGGCAAACCUGAUCAUGAGUCACCAUUCAUUACCCUAGAAGAUAUAAUACCUGGUAUUUGGGAUACUGAUGUGGAUAAGAAAACACUAUUUUUAAACUCUCAAACAUUUAUAAGAUUUGCUAAACAAUUAUCCAUAACUGAUAAGAGCAACGGCACUACGCAGAAAAACAAUUCUGCGUUGAUAACUUUAGAAUUAAAGAAAAAAUUAUUGGUGGCUCUACAUAAGACCAAUAUGACUAUUUAUAUAUUAUCAUUUUUAGGUUUUUAUCCUUACGGUUUUAAAUUGAUCAAUCGAUAUUUCUUAGAUGUUUUAAAUGGGUCAAGCGUAUUGAAAACUAGUUUUUACACCAUAGAUGGAAAUAAAAAGCAAAACCAAAGUGGUGGAAAUAAUAAGAAUAAUGAUAGGAACGAUGAUGAUUACAAAGAUGAAGAGGAAUGUGAUAACAACAAUACUUUACUUUCCAAUAGCAUCACAAAUGGUGAGGAAAAUGUUGCCAGUCUGGGUAAUCUAGGAACCAAGUUAUUAAAAUCACAGGGAGUUAUAUUUUUAGAUCUUAAAACACAAGCUUAUAUAUCAUCUAUUGAACAUGAACUUUCAAUGCUAUCUAAUGCAGAUGCUACCAAAACACCUAAUGAAGAAACAAAUAUUUCGUCUGAAAUUAUAAGCAAAGAAUUACGGUUGCGACAACUGAAUGAGAUUUUUAACUUGGAUGAAAUAAAAAAAGAUUUGUUAAGUAGAAAAAAUGGCAAAUAUGCUAAUUUAUCACCAGGAGAAAGAGAAUUUAUGACUAAAUGUGGGAAUCGUAAGGAUCAUUUAAUUAGUUUUGAUACUUUUAAAAGUUUAUCUUCAGAAUACGAAUGGACAGACUUUUCAAGAGGAAUGUUAAAAUUUAUUACCAAGGAAUUGAAGUAUAUAUUGCUAGUGGAUAUUGAAGGCAAUUGUAGUAAUACCAGUAAUGAAAAUGAUAAUAGAAGCAAUGAGAAUGGCAGUGAAAAUACUAAUAUUAAUAAUCUUACUGAUAUAAAAAACAUCGGUGGUAUAAAUAACAGCAUUUUAUUGCCCACCAGUGAACUUGAUAAUAUCACUCAGACCACGAAUAAUGAUAGUAAUACUAAUGGAUACUUAGGGGUCUUAAAUCCAAACACAUCUAAAAGAGCUAUAACAGCUGUUGUUGAGGAUAAUGAUCAAGAUGAACAAAACCAAGAACAAUCUGCAUCCAAACGCAAAAGGGGUAGGAAAAGGAAAGAACCCUCAAAUAAUUAUGAGCUUAUUCCAAAAACAAAACAAAAAAGAUUAUGGACCAGUGAAGAGGAAGACGCAUUAUUAGCGGCUUUAAAAGUGUGCGGUCCUUCUUGGUCCAAGAUACUCGAUUUAUAUGGUGCUGGUGGGAAAAUAUCUGAGCAAUUGAAAAAUAGAUCACAAGUUCAAUUAAAAGAUAAAGCAAGGAAUUGGAAAAUGUUUUUUUUAAAAACGUCAUUGCCAGUUCCAUCUUAUUUAAAAACAGUCACCGGUGGGUUAGAAAGAACCGAAAGACAAAAGCAAAAGAACAAGAAACAAUCGAAUGUCAAAAAGACUGAUGCUUUUACAAAUAAAACUCCAAAAAGAAUCCAAAAAACCACUAUCAGAAUGGAUUUGACCAAGUUUGAAAUUAAUGAAAAAGAUUGGGAAAAUGCGCAGAGAUUGCAUAAAUUGGGGGUUAUCCCAUUUUUAAUUAAAGAACCCGAGAAAAAGGUUGAAAGUAACCUUAAUACUGAUGAGAAAGAUCGUGCUGAUUCUGAUGGUGAUAACACUAAAAUGAAUUAUGAAGUGCAGGAAAAAGAAUUAAAUAAAUUAUGCGUCAGUGUGGAAAAAAAAAACAAUUUAGAUUCAUGUUUUGAGGUAGACAUUUAA